CUGUUCUCAGGACUGGCAAAAAGUUUUCAAGAUGUUUUCAGCCCGAGGUUCAAGAGGAGCCUGUUUCAGUGAAAUUCUCAUGAAGAAUUUUCCUGGCCCAUCAGAGCGGACUGAAUCAGAGAAACAGCCUUCCGUUUCAGAUAAUUUGAGUGAAAAUGGCUUUGGCCGCCAAGUGAGAAACAAGGACAAACACUGUGAUUUCACUCCUGAGGUGCUGAUUAAAAAAUACAAGCAAGGCAAGACGCACGCUGUGUCUUUGCUGUAUCAGCUGGCCCAGGUUUUGCAUUUCCACUUGGAAAUGAAGGAGACGGUGACCACAGGCAACAUUAAAGGGUUUUAUUUUGCCUUCUGCGUGGUGAUUGACGGGGUGAAGUACAAAACCGGAAUGGGGAUAACUAAAAAGGAUGCCCGGCUCAAAGCGGCAGAACUCGCUCUGCAGGACCUGCUGCCCUCUUUGAACACUGGGAAAUCUUCCCUUCCUGAUGUGUCAGAAAUGCCUCCUCCACUACCAGUCAAAGAAAAUCCCUCCAGCUCCGAAACCAUUCCAAGUCUACCUGUACAUCGUAGCGUAGGAGAAAGGUCAAAUUCAGGGAUCCUACCGAUUCCUCAAGCUGUGCGUGAUCAGCUUUCUAAACUGAUGAACAGCCACUUGGAGUUUUCUGUCUGUACAGGCACCACAGCAGCGUUCAUCCUUCAGACAUCCAGCAGAUACCAGGUGGUCGCUUUUGGUACUGGAGACUUCAAUGCCAAGGAGAAUGCCUCGCCAAAUGGACGAAUCAUUCAUGACUCCCAUGCGGUGGUAACUGCCAGGAGAUCACUGUUGAGGUUUCUGUACCGCCACCUGUUGAUGUUCUUCAGUGAAACGGCCAGUCUGAAAGAGAAGUCUAUCUUCCAGCAGAACAGCAAUAACACCCUGCUGAGCCUGAAAAGUGAUGUCACUCUCCACCUUUACGUGAACCAGCUGCCCAAAGGUGCUGCACAGAUCCCCUCCAACCUGCGUCUCAACCCACUCUCCAUUUCAGCUUGGCAAGUUAACAAUGAGAUCAGCCUACACCUCUCAGUGGCAGGCAAGGUCUAUUCAGUUUUUUCAUCCACCUUUGAGCUGUCUGCUAAUAAGCUGGUCAGCAUGUCCACCACUGACAAGAUCACCCAGUGGCAAGUGCUGGGAUACCAGGGCGCCUUGCUCAGCCACUUUAUCGAGCCCAUAUAUGUCCACAGCAUCCUUAUUGGUGACUCUGCUUGCAGUGACAUAAGAGGCAUGGAACUCUCUGUGAGUCAGCGUGUAGAAGGGAUUACCUCCCAGCUACCUAUGCACUACUGCAUGGCGCGGCCACUUAUUAGUGUGGUGCCCUCUGUGGCAGCGGGCAGCACCAGCAGUGGCCAUCUGAACUAUGGCAUCAACUGGAGUGAAGGAGACUGCUCCCUGGAGAUUGUGGACGGUCUGGAGGGCAAGACGGUUGAAGAAUCACCCUUUAAGAGCGGUUCUGCUCUGGCGAGCCGUCUGUGCAAAGCGGCAAUGCUUCACCGCUUCAAGUUGGUGGCAAAAGAGGCCCAGAGGCAGGAUCUCCUCACCACAAGCUGCUACAGAGAAGCCAAGAUGCAGGCGAAGCAAUACCAGGAGGCCAAAAAGGUGCUGAAAGCGUACCUGAUGCAACAAGGCUAUGGUUCAUGGCUGGUCAAACCUCCGCUUCGCGAUAACUUCAGCAUGUGAGCAAAACUACAAAAUAGAUUAUCAAAAGCAGUUGUGUUGAAAAUUAACCUGCUUGAGAGACUUCUUUGACUUUGAUUACAGCUAAAAGGUUUUUGGUGUGGUUUCUGAAGGGGGUGAAUGACUUUAAUAUUAAGGGCAGUUUUGUUUGGGAACUCCUUUUUUGUUGACCCUUCAUCUUACUUUUCAGAUGAUAAAUAUCAGUGUCAACAGUUGUGGAUAAAAUGGCUGUCUUUGCACAAGUACAUUGAACAACUAGAACCUUCAUCUCAUUUAACUUGACAUAAUUUUGUAUUCAUACGCUACAUAAUGAUGAGCACUUAUUUUUUUAUACUGCUUCAGAAGGGCUUUAUGUAUAAUGCAAAUGACCAUGUCGGGCAAAUUGACAUUGCUUUGCUAUUUUUGACAGCCUCCUUUACAGUUUUUUUAUGUUCAGAUGUUUAACAAGAAAAUUUAAUAUUGUAUCGCAAGACUUAAUUUUCAUUUUCAGUAAGCUAAUAUUUGUGUGUACCUUUGCUUGGGAGAAGGUGUAAACUUUCAGUGUUAUGCAGUUUCAACAAUUUGUAUUAUUCGUCUUUGCAAAUGUACUCGUUCAC